AUGAAACUUCUACACUUUCCAACUCUUGUCCUGAGAAGCAUAUUUUCAUACGUCUCCCUAUCAGAGCUGGUGCUACUUUCCUAUUGCUCUGAACGAGUUCGAAAUGUGAUUGUCUCUAUUCAAAAGAUUCGAUUGAAAAAAGUCCUUAGCAUAUUGUAUUAUUUGUAUUAUAUAAAAGUCCUUAGCAUAUUGUAUAAAAAAGUCCUUAGCAUAUUGUAUAUCUGUGAAGCACGAUUCAAAUACGAUAAGUGCAAAAGAGAUCACAUUGUUCAAGGGAUUCACACUCAUCUCUCCAAAUUCUUCGGACCGUCAGUCGACUAUCAAGUUGCAUUAUCCUGUUAUGACCUGCCACCACGCCUUGAAAACAUCAACUCCACUAAAAUUACUAUGGGAAACUUUAGUGUACCUACAUAUCAAUUGGAAUCCUAUUUCAAUGCUUCUCCAAACCAGGAAUAUAUGCACACCAAUCGAAAUUUUUUAUGGAAAUUAAGCGAGAACUCUGUGGUUUAUGGAACUAAACACUUGGAAAUCGAAUUUUAUGGUUAUCUCGAAUAUGAAAACUUACUUCGUUUUGCAGGUAGAAGUCUUAUUCUGAAGUCGGCAAUUUUGAGUCCUUCUACAAUAAUUCGGUUUCUGAACGACUGGAAAUCUGGUCAAGGAUUCCAAAAUUUGAUAUUUCUCUCAACCACUUGUUCUAACCGUCUGGAACAAGAGGAAAUCGAGAAAGAUGUGGAUAUUAAUGUAUCAGAACAUAGUCUUGAGCUGGAAUGGAAGGAAAGGUUAGUUGAGUAA